AUGGACGAGUCAUGGAGAACUCCAAUGGGAUUAACGUCGGCACUUCCUCGCCGGCGAUCAAUGGAACACCGAUCAUCUUUACGAACACGGCGGUCUAUCUUCUCCAACACUGGCGUCUCCGAAACCGAAACGUUGGACGCCGCCGACUUCGCCGACGUCUUCGGUGGUCCACCUAGAAGCCUUCUCACGCACAAAUUCUCCAGGUCAGGUUCUUUCUACGAGGAAAUUUUCAAGCAGCCAGUGUUCAUGCCGCCGGCACCAGCUAAGGAAGGCCGGAGCUUGCCAGUGUUUAGGAUCCCAGCGCAAGAUGACGCGUUUUAUGGAGAUAUUUUCGGGUCGGACGAUGACCGGAGAUCAAGAGAACGGUCAGGGUCACAAUCCAAUGCAAAAUCAAAGUCGAAUUCUUCGUCGGCGCUUAGUUCUGAGGAGCUGAGUCCUCUCCGACAAGAGAUCAGUGAUGACGUGGCACUAUCAGCCUUUGCUUCAAAGCUCAGGCCAAUCAAAGUCCCAUAUAAAUGGAACUCAUCAAGUGUAACACAUGAGGAACAUCCAAUUAAACAAAAGAGGCCACUUUUUCCAUGUAAUGGUCUAUCAUUUGAGUUCCAAUGUCAGGAUAAUGGGUGCUCAAGAAGAGUCACAUCCCCGGAAACAAUUAGUGCUGAAUCCAAUUCAUAUCAAAGCAUCAAAUUAUCCACAUAUGAUUGGGAACUCAGUCCCCCGUUUUCCGCUGUCUCUGGAGUUUGUCAAGAACCGGAGUCAAAAUUUUCGGUUUAUGAUCACGUGCUUCCGGAACUAGUUAUUGACCAUGAUGAGGAGGAUGAUGAUGAUGAUGAAGUUAUGAGCUCCUAUGUUAUAGAGAUUAACUCUAGUUUUAGAGAGGAAAAUUGCGGAACUGAAGCCAUUGAUGAUGCGAUUGCAUGGGCGAAAGAGAAGUUUCAUUCGCGAACUAAUGAAGAAACAGGUCUGAGAGAUGAUGGCAAUGAGAAAAAUACUGGAAUGGAAGGAAGGCCUUGUGCAGGUGAAUACCAAGAUGGAAUUGUAAUGGUCGAAUCUCCAGAGGUUAUUUGUAAAAGUAGUAAACAAUUUGUGCUUCCGCAAAAGGAACAGACAGAAACAGAGAAGUUAGACAGAGAUAUAAGAAUGUGGUCAUCUGACAAGGAAGCUGACAUCAGGGAACUGCUUUCGACACUACAUCAUAUUCUGUGGCCUGAGAGUGGCUGGUCUCCUGCUACUUAUAUGAGCCUAAUAGAAAGCUCACAAGUGAAGAAAGCGUAUCAGAAAGCAAGGUUAUGCCUCCACCCCGACAAACUUCAGCAAAGAGGAGCAACUCUCUUACAGAAGUACAUAGCAGAGAAGGCUUUCUCCAUUCUUCAGGAUGCAUGGACAGCAUUUAUUUCUGAAGAAUUUUCCUUCUAA